AUUUCCCAACAUUGUGAAUUGUGUGAUUUCUAUUAAUUGAAAAUGAAUCAAAAACCGACGCCUUUGAUGUCACCGCCUCCGCCUGCUCAACAAAACGGAAAAGAUCACAAGGAAAAGCUCCAUCGCAUUGAGGACAUCAUGUAUUCGGACGCCGACACGUUUCCCGAAUUUUCGAAUCGUGAUGGAUCACGUGAAACGGUGGACACUUGUUGGCAGCUAGUCUUGAUUCGUGUACCCGAACAUCCAAAUGAGACUCACAUCAAAACAAUCAAUGACGCAAUUACGAGUGAGAUGAAAGCCACGUGGAAGAUCCCGGCCACUUCGUUCGCUUACGUCUCCGCGCCACACAUUCCGAUUUUGCAGUUGGCUUACGGAGUUGCGAAGAAGCAUUUUGGGGAGAAGACCGCGAUUCGAUCAAGCUUCAUGUUUGCAGAGCCGAAGAACGAUAAGUUUCUAAUCGCUAAGGAUUCGGACUUGAAGCAUCUCAAAUAUGAGGUGAUCCUUGGCGCGAGCCGCUUCUGUUGGACAAAAGUGGAGACUCACGCGGAAAUGUCAAAACGAAUUGAGUCGACACUUUUUGAAUUGAUGCGUGUUCUUCCGAAUCUUGUCCUUUUCCUCGGACCGCUCGCGUUUGACGUUCUCUACGAGACACUCGAGAUGCAGAAACGAAAAACGAUUGCCAAACCGGGAGUAGUCAUCGAGAAUUUCAAACGGGAAAAUAACAAAUGGAAGCGUGUUCAGAAGCACGGAGCCACGUCGAUCUCUGUUCCAUUGUGUUGAUUUUUACUUGAGAUGAAGAAAGUACUUGGAAUAAAGAUUUUGUGAUC